AUGUCUUCCUCUGCACUCCUCCCUCUCCUCAAUGGCACCCGCCACCUGUCCCCUCUUGCUCUCCCGGUGCCAGAACCCUUCUCCCAUCUCCCCAUGACCGACAUCCACAACGCCCUUCCUUACCCCUACGCCGACCCAUUCCCCGGAAACCGGCUCCCUCCUAUCCCUGUCUUCGACGACGCAGGUCGACCCAUCUCUCGACCCAGCAGCCCACCAUACAAUCCGGAACAGGCAGCCAGGGAACACGAGGUCCAUCAUUCGACGCCCGUGUCACCGCCACGAACGAUCAACGGCUGGCCACUGGAUGGCGUCCGCGCUGCUGAACGAACCUGGCCCCCUCUCCGCGACCCUUCACCCUCUCCCCCUCCUCUUGUUCUAUCGCCACCUGCCACCGACACACGACUCUGCUGGGAGUGCAACCGACCGGGACACCUCAUCGCAAAUUGUCCCAUCACACGCAUUCGUCGCCGCACUGACCUCACUGCCCGGAACUUCAUACGGGACUACGAAGCGUACGGCGAGGUAGUUGAACUCCUCUCGACGCAGCUAGAGCAUGUGGCGGAGAAUUAUAGGUAUUAUUGGCACAUUCGGGACAGGAUGAUCGAUGACGCCCGCUGGGAAGGACAUCCGACACGUCAUACCCCCGUCAUGGAUCCCCGCACUUUCAUGGCUCUCCCCAUCCGCGAUCCUGAUGCCGUCAUGAGCCAACGACGAGUGUAA